AUGACAAGCAUUGACAUUAACAACUUACAAAAUACCUUUCAACAAGCCAUGAAUAUGAGCGGCUCUGCAGGCGCUGUUUGUACUUCGCCUACUCAAUCUUUUAUGAACACCGUUCCACAGCGUUUGAAUGCUGUAAAGCAACCAAAAAUUUUGAAGCCUUUCUCAACAGGUGACAUGAAAAUCUUAUUACUAGAAAACGUCAAUCAAACUGCCAUUACGAUUUUCGAAGAGCAAGGUUACCAAGUCGAAUUCUAUAAAUCUUCAUUGCCCGAAGAGGAGUUGAUCGAAAAGAUCAAGGACGUUCAUGCUAUUGGUAUCAGAUCAAAAACCAGAUUAACUUCAAAUGUCCUACAACAUGCGAAGAAUCUGGUUUGUAUUGGCUGUUUCUGCAUCGGCACUAACCAAGUUGACCUAGACUACGCUACCAGCAGAGGCAUUGCUGUUUUCAACUCGCCUUUUUCCAAUUCAAGAUCCGUAGCGGAAUUGGUUAUCGCUGAAAUCAUUAGUUUAGCAAGACAAUUAGGUGACAGAUCUAUUGAAUUACAUACUGGCACAUGGAAUAAGGUUGCUGCCAGAUGUUGGGAAGUAAGAGGAAAAACUCUUGGUAUUAUUGGGUACGGUCACAUUGGUUCCCAACUAUCAGUUCUUGCAGAAGCCAUGGGGUUGCAUGUGUUAUACUAUGAUAUUGUAACUAUCAUGGCCUUGGGUACUGCCAGACAAGUCUCUACCUUAGACGAAUUACUGAAUAAAUCUGACUUUGUGACAUUGCAUGUUCCAGCUACUCCUGAGACCAAUAAAAUGAUAUCUGCUCCACAAUUUGCCGCUAUGAAGGAUGGCGCUUAUGUCAUUAACGCUUCAAGAGGUACUGUCGUAGACAUUCCAUCUUUGAUCCAAGCUGUGAAAGCCAACAAAAUUGCGGGGGCUGCUUUGGAUGUUUAUCCUCAUGAACCAGCUAAAAAUGGUGAGGGUUCAUUUAACGAUGACUUGAAUAGCUGGACUUCUGAAUUGGUUUCGUUACCAAAUAUCAUCUUGACACCACACAUUGGUGGGUCUACAGAAGAAGCCCAAAGCUCAAUCGGUAUCGAAGUGGCUACCGCAUUGUCCAAAUAUAUCAAUGAAGGUAACUCUGUCGGUUCAGUCAACUUCCCAGAAGUGGCAUUGAAGUCAUUGUCUUAUGAUCAAGAGAACACCGUACGCGUGCUGUAUAUUCACCAAAAUGUACCAGGUGUUUUGAAGACUGUCAACGAUAUUUUAUCAAAUCAUAACAUUGAAAAACAAUUUUCUGAUUCAAACGGUGAAAUUGCUUAUUUAAUGGCCGAUAUCUCUUCUGUUGACCAAAGCGAUAUUAAAGAUAUUUAUGAGCAACUAAAUCAAACUUCCGCUAAGAUCUCAAUCAGAUUACUGUAUUGA